AUGGCUCCAUCACUAGCCAGACUUCGCAGUGAGCGUGGUACAUGCAAGGCCACAAUCACAAAAAUCGAAUCUUUCCUGAACACUACGGAAGCCCUCUCGGAAGAGGCCCUGAAAUGUCGCCUUGUCUCACUUCGGCGCGCAGCGGAGAAGUUUGAGGUUAUCCAGAGCAACAUCUACGAGUUACUGGACGAUGGGCACACUGCCCUCGACAACGAAGAAGCGGAAGUUGCCAAUUUUGAGGAGAGGGUUGUUGUACUUGAGACGAGAAUCAAUUCUUUGCUCACAACAUUCAUUAUAACCUCAAAUCAGUCAGAAGCUUCCGACGUGGAUGAGGAGAAUCUCACUAAAAUGGCCAUGACAUUGGCACAGGCAAUCAGGGAUGGCAAUCAGGGUCCUCGACCUCAACACAUGAAGCUUCCUCAAUUAGAUAUUCCUAAAUUCUCAGGGGAAUAUACUGAUUGGCGGUCUUUCAGGGAUCUUUACAAACGCAGCAUUCACCAGAAUGCAGAUCUUUCUGCAGUUCAAAAGUUCCAAUACCUACAAGGGCUAGUCGAGGGUAAAGCUAAGGCUGUCAUCAAACACAUUCUGGCCACGGAUGAGAACUAUGAGGAUGCCUGGCAAAGCCUGGAGAAAAGAUUUGACAAGAAGCAAUGCAUUCUUUUCUCUCACAUCGAUGCAUUUUUCGGACUGAAGAAUGUCCCUGACAGCCACCCAAUCGGCCUCAGAGGCCUCCUGAAUACAGUUCUGGAGUCAAUCAACGCUGUCGAUGCUCUGGGCUACAAGUAA